AUGCAACAGGCAGACAUGGAGCAGGCAGACAUGGAGCAGGCAGACAUGCAACAGGCAGACAUGGAGCAGGCAGACAUGCAACAGGCAGACAUGGAGCAGGCAGACAUGGAGCAGGCAGACAUGCAACAGGCAGACAUGGAGCAGGCAGACAUGGAGCAGGCAGACAUGCAACAGGCAGACAUGGAGCAGGCAGACAUGGAGCAGGCAGACAUGGAGCAGGCAGACAUGCAACAGGCAGACAUGCAACAGGCAGACAUGGAGCAGGCAGACAUGGAGCAGGAAGACAUGCAACAGGCAGACAUGGAGCAGGCAGACAUGCAACAGGCAGACAUGGAGCAGGCAGACAUGGAGCAGGCAGACAUGGAGCAGGCAGACAUGCAACAGGCAGACAUGGAGCAGGCAGACAUGGAGCAGGCAGACAUGCAGCAGGCAGACAUGCAACAGGCAGACAUGGAGCAGGCAGACAUGGAGCAGGCAGACAUGGAGCAGGCAGACAUGCAACAGGCAGACAUGGGGCAGGCAGACAAGCAACAGGCAGACAUGGAGCAGGCAGACAUGCAACAGGCAGACAUGGAGCAGGCAGACAUGCAACAGGCAGACAUGGAGCAGGCAGACAUGCAACAGGCAGACAUGGAGCAGGCAGACAUGGAGCAGGCAGACAUGCAACAGGCAGACAUGGUGCAGGCAGACAUGCAACAGGCAGACAUGGAGCAGGCAGAUAUGCAACAGACAGCCAUGUAG